GUAGCGAAUAGAAUUCAUUUGUUCGCUCUUUCCUCUCCCCCUCCACCUUCUCCCAUAAUCAAUUCCCUCCUCGGGGGCUCUCACUCUCUUUUGAUACACACGACAACAAGCACUCAUCAUGAAAUUUGUCGCUCCUUUUGCGUUCCUCUUCGUCGCGGUCGGCUUGGUCGAAGCUAGCCAGAACCACCAUGUCGGUAUUUCUCGACUCUCUGGAAGUCACCACAACCAUUUCAAGGGUCGUCACGACGUUGUCGGUGCUGUUACUCGCAGGGAUGAUGCUUCCGGCAGCAAGCGUCGCUGCAAAGCCAAGCCUUCGCCUUCCAGCAGCCCGGCGCCUCUACCUACGGAGACCCCUGCUGAGCCGGCUCCUACCCAGGCACCUGCCAAGGCCAACAAUGCCAAGUCCGAGACGAAGAACGAAGCCCCCAAGGAUACCCCCAAGGAGAACGACUUCUCCCCAGUUGCUGCAGCAUCGGGAUUGAUUCGAGUCGUUUCCAACAUCUGCGGCCAGAGUGGUGCUACAGACAAGAUUACCGCCACUUCCGGCCCUAAUGGACAAAUCGAUUGGCUCAAUUGCGGUCUCAAUGGAGGCGGUUGGAAUCCCCCUCAGGUUUCCGUUCAGGACCUUGUUGUCAAGGACCUCGCGCAGUCUCUCAAGGAACCAAACAGUCCCUUCAAGCCUUGCGAGCCUUUCCUUGGUCUGUUCGAGCAACACGCGCGCUCCAAUGGAAUCGAACCUAUCAUGAUCGCCUCCAUUGCCAUGCAAGAGAGUGGCUGCAAACCUAAUGUCGUUGGUGGUGCUGGUGAACAAGGUCUCAUGCAAAUCACCAAGGACAAGUGUGGAGAGGCACCCGGUGGCAACUGUCAGGACCCCGACUACAACAUUCGCAAGGGUACCGAAUUCUUCGCCAGCACCCUCAAGGCUAACGGCGGCAAUGUUCUUUUGGCCGUCGGAAAGUACAACGGUUGGCACCUGGACUUGACAUUCGGCAAAGCAGUUGCUGCUGGUGAUGGAUCUUGCUGCCGUUGCCAAAACAACGUCGACUACUUGAUGCAAUACUUCAACGGUUGGUUGCAAGGUGUCAACCCCUACAAUUUGAAGCUCGGCAAGUACUUCAACCUCGACAAGUGCCCUUAAGCACCUCGCAUUGUUUGUCGUUUACCCAUUGACGACGACAUCAUAUACCCCUCAUCCUUUCCAUCAUGCGUAUACGACCUCUUCACGACGAGUCUCGCUGCAAAUGGACCUCAUAAGGAUUCCUGUGCAAUGUGCUGUUGCUGGCACGGCGGCACAAUUGCUGUUCAUAAUGCCAUCCACUCGACGUACAUAUGGUAUUAGAGCUAACUAUUCCUAUCUGCCUUGGUGCAGUAGUAGGUGCUGGUAAUUAGCAAAGCGAAGUCAUCACAUAGUCAAUUUGAAUACAGUUUUUGUCAAUAUGUUUGUUUCCGUGCGACGUAUACGAGGCCGUAGAAUAACUACAAUUGCCUAUAAAGAAAGACGCGCGUACUAUAUUGGGCGUGAGCAUGUCACUGAAGAGUCGAUUAUUCUCAGACC